AUGGCAGUUCCUACCUGGAUCGACCUCCAAUUCGGAGCUCGGGGAGAGCUUCGACCCAUCCUUGUUGAGCACCGUAUAGCAUACAAAAUCUUUGAUGGUCAGGCCUUCCAUCCAAGACUGGUUCUCGCCAUUGGAGGCGCUGAAAAGCGGCAUUUCUAUCGAGCCCUUGAGCUCGACGCACAUGUACCGGGUAACGGGAUUUUCCUUCGCCCCGUUCAGCUUGCUACACUGGUUAUCGACUGUGAGCUGCACAACCAAUCCACACUCGGCAUCUGCGAACGGGCAGCCCCUAUGGGACACCAGACACGCCACACACUCCAUUGCGCCGUUACACCCAACAGUCCCCCGCAGAGAAUAUCGCAGUUCGCUCUUGACAUGUACUGGCAGUUGCUCUUUCCUUUCGCAUCUGUUGUUCUGCUAUUUGCGGACGAUCUUGGAGGCUUGGAGCCGGUGAUUGAGCUGCUUGUAUGUUGGACCCGGAGAGCAAGGCUCAAACCGCUGUUGUCCCCGCCAAGAGUCAUAGUUGUCUUUCACUGGCGUCAUCGGUCGAAGAUUGAGACUUUUGAAGUUCGCCUGCGCGCACGACUCACGGGCCGUGACCCAGCUGCUUCUACGUCUACUUCAGGAAUCAGUGCGCCGAUUCGUCUGGAUCAUGAGCAUGCAUUCGAAAGUGUUUAUCUAGUUCCGACCUGGAAAUUGUCCUCAGAAUUUCUCGUUCAAGUUGAAGAAUCGUUUGGGGUUCGAGAGAGCGCAGGAUUCGCUUUCAGCGGGGAGCAUACGAAAACUCUCCUCCAGACUGCAGUGAGCCAGUUCGGCCAGAGCUGUGGUCAACAAAUCGAUUUCCAUGCCGCGGUGACCAACGAUUCGAACCUUGACCAGGUUGCGAUUAUCGCUUCCGCCCUGGACCUGGAUGCCCAUCCACCAGGCGCCCACUGUAGGUAG